UGUGUUGUGGAUGGAUAGCUGGGAGGAGAGAGAGGAUCAGUCUGUACAGCUUCUGCUAGAAGAGAGAACAAAAGCCUUCUCUUCCCAAUCAGCAUGGAUCAAGACGGGGACUUCUCAGUUACAAUUCCUCUGGUAUUUACUGCACUCGCAGUCAUCUUAGCCACCGUUUUAAUCAAACUCUAUUCUGCAGGAGGAAAGCAGCAGCCUGAGGUUGCCCAAGAAGAAGAAGAGGAGGAGGAGGUGGAGGAGAGAGAGACAGAACCUUUAGAAAAAGAAGAGAAAGCUAAAGAGGAUAAUAAUGUAGCAGAGGAUGAAGGGAGUAAGAGGACUGAAAGGGAGGCAAUCCAAGUGGAAGAUGUUGGGACAGUUGAGGAAUUGCCACAAGCAAAAGUGAGGGAGACAGAGACGGAUGAGUGUGCAACCAAAGAGAGGACCCCAUCCAGUCAAUCUAGUCAGGAAGAAGAAGACAGUAAGGAAGAAGAAUUUGAUACAGAAAGUGAUAAAGUCUUGAAAAUAAGUGAAGCAGAUGAUGCAGAUGACGAGGACUUCUCCUUUAAAUACUUACCAGGAAAACUACGAGGUAGUGAUUAUGAGAAAAUGCUGACAAAGGAUGAGCUAGAGGAAGAACAGAGGAUUGAGUUGACCUCUGAUCUUACAUCCCUGUAACACGUACAGUGCCCACGCACUGUUACAUGUGAACUGAAGAUGAUAAGAAGUUAUCCAUACAGUCCAGCUAAAGAGAUUUACUGAAAAGAUCAGAUCUGCCCACCCCAACAAUAUUAUGUCAGAAAUGCAAAAAUAAGAGACCCUUCCAUAGGAGAACAUCAAUCUUUUCUUUUUCGGAGAAAAAAAGAAAAAUCUAUUAUUGAAAUGAUAUAGCUGUGAGGAAGAUGGGAUUACUAGACACAAUGCAUGAUCUUACAAGUCCUGUACGGGAUCCGGUCUGAAGAUCGACAGUGUCUAGGUCGACAAUGUUUAGGUCGACCACUAUAGGUCGACAGUCACUAGGUCGACAUGGAUGGAAGGUCGACAGGGUUUCUAGGUCGACAGGUCUAAAGGUCGACAUGAGUUUUUGACAUUUUUUUUCUUUUUUUUGGAUUUUUUCAUACUUAACGAUCCACGUGGACUACGAUUGGAACGGUAAAGUGUGCCGAGCGAAGUGGUAGCGGAGCGAAGGCACCAUGCCCGAAGCAUGGCGAGCGGACGCGGUGCACUAAUUUGGGAUCCCGGUCACUCUACGAAGAAAACGACACAAAAAAAAAAAAUCCUCAUGAGAACCUUCAGACCUGUCGACCUAGCACAUGUCGACCUAGAAACCCUGUCGACCUUCCAUCCAUGUCGACCUAGUGACUGUCGACCUAUAGUGGUCGACCUAAACAUUGUCGACCUAGACACUGUCGAUUUGAUGAACCACACCCGUCCUGUACUGCUCCAGGAGUGGGUCUGUUCACAUCACGUCUGUAGGAGACAUACAUUGUGAAUGGUGGUAUCACUCUUUCUAUUAACACAGUAUUAUGACCUAGUGCUUGAUAGAUAAAUAUCAGCUAUGGCAAAAGGAUUGUGCAAGUCCCUCUGGCGUGCAUUGUUUAUGUUAGAGGGGAUUAUAUUGCAUCCCUGCAUUUUAUAAAAAGCUUUGACAGGAUUUAUCCUUCUGUGCAAUAUCCGGUUUAAAUCUAUGCAAAUAAUGCCUUAUGUUGAGAUAUACAAUGUAGCUUAAUGCUUAAACAUAUUCUUUAAGUGGCAAGAUAACCACAGCACAUUUAAAUGGGAGAUUCUUUCAGUCUCAUUGACUCUGGAGUCUAGUGUGGACUGAUGACUUCUGUGGCAAGACUGAAAUGCCCUAGAAUUGCCUAGCUGGGCUUUGUAAAGGUUUAGGUCAGAGGUUCCCAAAUGCAGUCCUCAAGGCACGCCAAUGGUCCAGGUUCUAAAGGGCCCUACACACUGGCCGAUUUUUUGAAAGAUAUGAACGAUCUCGUUCAUAAAUGAAUGAGAACUCGUUCAUAUCUUUCAGUGUGGAGACUCCUGCGAUGAACGAUGCGCGGCCCCGCGCUCGUUCAUCGCUGGUCUCCCGUCGGCUGUGCAUGCAGGCCAAUAUGGACGAUCUCGUCCAUAUUUGCCUGCACUUCAAUGCAGCCGCGUGACGGGGGGAGUGAAGAAACUUCACUCCCCCCGUCACUGCCCCCCCGCCGCCGGGUCGCUCGUCGGCCGUAUCCGCCGUCGGGCAGCUCGGCGGCGGGACGGCCAGUGAGUAGGGCCCAUAAGUUUAUCCACGCUUGGCCACACAGGUGACUUAAUUAGAACACUUAGUCAAUUUAAUUUAACCAUCUGUGCCAUGUAUAUACCUAAAACCUGGCCUGUUAGGAUGCCUUGAGGAUCGUGUUUGAGAACCUCUGGUUUAGGUAUUAAAAUCCUAUGCAGAAUUUAAGUAGUUCAAUGCCUUCACUAAAUGCUCUCUUGCAUCCUUAGCACUACGUCUUACACAUCCUUCACUCUCUAAUACAUAGGUCUGCAAACUCGGUCCUCAGGACCCCACACAGUGCAUGUUUUGCAGGUCUCCUCACAGAAUCGCAAGUGAAAUAAUUAACUCCACCUGUGGACCUUUUAAAAUGCGUCUGUGAGUAAUUAAUACACCUGUACACCUGCUGGGUUACCUGCAAAACAUGCACUGUGUGGGAUAAUGAGGACAGAGUUUGCAGACCUAUGCUCUAAUACAGUGGUUCUCAAACUCUGUCCUCAGGACCCCACACAGCGCAUGUUUUGCAGGUAACCCAGCAGGUGCACAGAUGUAUUAAUUACUCACUGACACAUUUUAAAAGGUCCACAGGUGGAGCUAAUUAUUUCACUUGUGAUUCUGUGAGGAGUCCUGGAAAACAUGCACUGUGUGGGGUCCUGAGGACCGAGUUUGAGAACCUGUGCUCUAAUACAUCCUUCACGCUUGAACAAUAUUUACACUACUCUGUUCACCGGUGAUACUGUAUCAUGCUGAAUGCCUUUACUGCAAUGUUUGCUGCUAUAGCUGCCUUCACAUAGACCUAUUCUACCCUAAUUAUAACUGGACGUUUCUGAAAAUUGUACCACAGGUAACUGAACAAAAGAUUGACAAUGCCCACAGUAGCCAAUAAGUAAUUUGCUUUUAUUUUUAGAACUAGGAAAGUGACAGCUUGAUUUUAAUUGGUUGCAGUGGGGAAGUUAAUCUUUUCUGCACAAAUAUCUUUGUAAACGUUUACAUAAAUGUCCCCAUUAAAUCAUGAAAUUGUCUUGCAUGAAGGUAAACCUGUGUCGCCUACACAGUGGAAUCAGCCAUUUUUCUGGGCUAAACUGUUAUUCAUGAGAAUGCCGUCAAUUCACUGGAAUUAUCAGCAGCUUUUGCACUCUGUGAUGUCACUAGUUGUUAGUGCAUUGGUAGGCUGAAUAAUUUUUAAGCCUAUGAAACAGCUGACUCAGCUGUGUGUUGUAGAUAGGUACACGUUAUAAAUAUUAAAGCUGUCCAAUUGCAUAAUUAAUACUCCAUGUUCUCUCCUGUGUAAUUUAUAUAAUCCAGGCAAUAGAAGCUUGCCAUCUCGUUGCUGAUUAAGAGGUGACGGUUUCCAUUCCACCAAAGUUAGAUUGCAAGCUCUGCAAAUUGAGGUGUGAGUUUCUUCUAUAUCUAGUUUGCAUGAUUCAAUGUAGACAUAUUGUAUUGUGUGUUCUCCUUGCCAGGGCACAGAGGGAACAGCUGGGUGCCAUUUUUAAGAUGAUGGAGAGCAAUCGUGAGACCUUUGGGAUGAUGUCAGAAGGAGAUUUGAAGGAUCAA